AUGGGUGAUAAUCCCCGCAAUGUUAAAAAAGGGGAAGACAACAGAAAUAAUGACGGUUGCUUUAGUUAUGUUCUUAUUCCAAUACCUUCCGAAGAUCUAUCACUCGAUAUGUCUUUUGCGACGAAUGCAAAAGCUCUCCGGCUACAUUUUUUGUACCGUUUGGUGGGGAAUCGCCCUUAUUUAAGCUCUUAUAUCUUGACUCAGCUUGCAACCGGUCUGAGCAUGUUGGCCGGAGCGGCUCUAUUGAAAUCAGUGAUGGAUAAGAACCCGAUGAUGAGUCCAGGUUCCGGGUCAGGUCAGUUCUCAAGGUGUUCAAGUUGCAACGGAACGGGUCGGGUUAGUUGUCUUUGUAAUCGGUGGUCGGACGGUGACAGAGGAUGCCGGACUUGUGCUGGUUCCGGUCGGAUGAUGUGUAACAGCUGUGGUGGUUCUGGUACCGGUCGCCCUCUUCCGGUUCGGAUCUCGGCUCGUCCAAAUCAACCGUAUUAGACCGGUAACCCUAAUCCUCCAAUCCUCUA